AUGUCCAUGUCGGAUCACUCCCAAGGCACAAUCCUCUCUCCGACCCCGUGCGUACUCUCCUUCCCCACCCACCAUUCUAUGCUUGACAUCCUCGAUGGACUCACACCGCGUGCCUUUACAUUCCCCAGUGCCGUCCAUGACACCAUUUCGAAUAACGGAAGCAGUAGCCACUGCUCACCCCUCCUGAGCCGAGUCCGUCCACACCUUGUACAUUGCCUUCUCCCUUCAAGCCAGAACGUCCCGGAGAUACACCUUGCAAUCAAUGACUCAUCCGAAUCAGCUCGUCCAACGCUCCGUAUCUCGAUCUGCAUGCACCACUCACACUCGCUGCACGCCGCCACGACACAGCCUCACCCUUCACAAUCUGCUCGACCUUACAACUCACACGCAUACGCGAUUCUACUUGCAGGGACUGAGCAACGAUCAAGGCCUGAGCGCACGCGCACAGACACGAUUUCGUCUGCAGUCCGAAUCAGCUCGUCCACGCUCCGUAUCUCGAUCUGCAUGCAACCACUCACACUCGCUGCACGCCGCACGACACAGCCUCACCCUUCACAAUCUGCUCGACCUUACAACUCACACGCAUACGCGAUUCUACUUGCAGGGACUGAGCAACGAUCAAGGCCUGGUGACGAAGACUACAUCAAACAGCCCAAGAACGCAUUAAUCCUUUAUUGA